UAGCCAAUAGGGUACCGCGUCCGUACCCUGCACAUUUCUCUCUCUCGAUUCUUCCCUCCCACGGUGAGAGGCAAGUGACUCUAACGUGCGCACUCGGCUAUUUUUCAUACACAAUCCGAAACUUAUCCUUUCUUCAAAUUCUAAUUCCCCUGCCAUCACUUCAUCAAUACCAUAAAUAUGAGCAAUUUUUUGGACUUUAUCCUUUCUCUAACCUACCCAACUUGAACACGUUAGCAACGGUCCCGCCUUUAUCCUUUCUCUAACCUACCCCACUUGAGCACGUUAGCAACGGUCCCUUAUGGCGCCGCCAAGGAGGUUGCUGAAGCUCUUGUUUUCCCACCGCAGCUAUAAAGCCGUUCCAGACAGAGAUUUGAUAAAUGCAUUGCAAUCCGAACUCAAAUAUCAGACUCUUGGGGUGCAUCUGACCAAUGGGGAAGAUGUCAGUCACACAUCAUGAAACAUCAAGGUGGCUCUUUGGGGGAUUCUGUGUUGGAUUCAGAUGUCCCACAGUCACAAGAUGUGGUUUUAAGGAGGAAAUAUGGCACAGGAGAAGAGAUAGUGGUUUCUGCUUUGUUGGGUCCUAAAGCUUUUGAGGAAGUGGAGGGAGUCUUACCAAGAAAGGUUUUCAUGAAAGUAUUCAUGAGGAAGCCCGGUUUAAGCUCCGUUCUGCAGUUCGAUUGUGAUCUCGUCAGUCAAGGUUCUGAUGGAUCUGAUUUCUAUAUCAAAAAUGCUUAUUAUCUCCAGCCAGUGGGUUUAGGAGCUUCGGACUAUAAAGGUCCCUUGUUCAGGUCUUUGGAUCCCAAGUUGCAGAAAGCAUUCAAAGAGUAUCUGGUAGUGAGGGGAAUUACCGAAGAACUCACGGACUUCCUCCUACUGCACUUGCAUAAGAAUCAGCAGUUGCAAUACUUAAACUGGCUGCAUAGAGUAGAGACCAUGUUUGCGAAGGAUACAUGACGUGAUCUCAGCUGAUGGCAGUUUUACUCACAGCCCAAUAUAGGAUAGCUACCAUAGAUCAAUCCCCUUUCUUGUUGGGAUAUGGGCUUACCCAUGUCAUGCCCAUCAGAUCAAUAUUCCCAAUCACAACAUGCAGCUACAUAGAACUUCUAUGGCAAGAGCUGCAUGUUAUCAUUCCUAGAUAUGCUAUAUGGUUGGGCAGGUUUGCUAGAACAUUGCACGAGCAAUCUAAACUCGGUGUGAGUCAUUUCUUCUCAAUAAGACAUCAUGUCUUUUGGGGUGAAGCUCAGUCACUCAGCCAAACCAGCUCAGUUUCACCCAAGGAUUCAAUAAUGGUAACGGCUAGUGCAAUGGCUGACUGUUCAACCGUUAUUAGUAAUGACCAUUACAGACCCAAAAUGGUCUCUCUCUUUCUUGUUUCCUUGGAGAAGAAAUAUGAAAAAACAUUGAAAUUUUUGUUUUU